AUGGAGGCUGGGCGACGGCCAGAUCUGAAGAAGAAGCUCGUCGUCGUAGGAGAUGGUGGCUGCGGCAAGACGUGUCUGUUGAUUGUGUACGCCGAGAACCGCUUCCCCGAGGCAUACAUUCCAACUGUAUUCGAGAACUACGUGACACAAGUUCCCUUCGAGGGAAAGAGCGUUGAGCUUGCGCUCUGGGAUACGGCCGGACAGGAAGAAUACGACCGUUUAAGACCGCUCAGCUACCCUGAAAGCGAUGUCAUCUUGAUCGUAUUCUCCGUCGACUUCCCUGUAUCGUUAGGGAACGUUCAGGAUAAGUGGUUCCCCGAAGUUGCGCACUUCUGCGAAGGUGUGCCACUCAUUCUUGUCGGUACCAAGACGGAUUUACGGCGGGAUGAAACAACGCGAAGGAUGCUUGGCGCGCAAGGUCAACGACCAGUUUCGGCAGAGCAGGGACAGGAGGUUGCGCGCGAGAUAGGAGCGAAGUACGCCGAAUGCAGUGCGAAGACGGGGACCGGUGUUGCAGAUGUGUUCGCGCUCGCACUACGAGAGAGCAUGCGCAGUCAGUGGGGUAAGAGGUUGAAGAAGAAGGGCUGUGUCGUCACAUAG